AUGCAAAAGACGUCUGCUGCUGAGCAUCUUCGUGACGUCUCGCGUUACACGGUGCAGAGUUCUGACGUUCUUUCGGAUAUGCGCGUGAAUGUGUCGGAGGAAGGGUCAGACAAAGUACUCUGGUUCCUUGCAGAUGAGGAAAUUGUCGACAACUUCGUUGAUAAUGCUACCUCCACAAUCCUAUGGACCAUCCAUCGCCCCAAGCGCGGCUGGUACAUCCGACUACGCACUCCCUCUUUUCCUCCUGGCAUGUUCAUCCCACUACUUCCGCUCCCCAAGACAUCACUCUACCACUCCGACACUGCGCUGACAUUCACAUGCCGAACAAACCCGCCAUCGUACUCACUGAGUAAUUCCCAAUCAGCAGCUGCUGACACUGACUUCGACGCUGUACACUCCUACCCGCCCAGCUCACCUCCAUUGACGCCCACGGUGAUCGUCAGCCCUCCUUCCCCACGUUCCGCGCAUGCAAAGCUCGAAGAGUCGAAGCCUAUUGUUAUCGUACCUUCGAACAAUGCAUCUUCCAAAGAGCCUCAGAGUCCAACUGAGGUCACGCCAUCCUCGCCAAAGCCGGUCUUGAAAUCAGGACGGAAAGAAGCACUACGACCGUCGCCGUUACCACUCACACCUAUGGCGCACUUCCUGCUGAGCCCUGAUGCGACACCCCGUGCCCCACAGUCUGUAACAGGUGUAUCAAUUUUCUCGCGCGUGCUCUCGGCGCUGAAGAGUAGCACACCAUCGCCUUCAUAUUCCUUCACCAUGUCACCCAUUACUACUCCUUCGGCAACUCCGCCAUCUUCUGGAUCGCCGAGGGGCUUGGUACCUCCUACACCCGCUCCGCUGCUGACUUUCCACGAUCGCACGCCUGUUUGGACUGUAUAUGCAAGCUCGGGGUGUAUUGAACUGGACAAGAUGCGAGUCCGUUCCCUUGGUGUGGAGACGAGCUUUUACAUUGCAAUCGCCUUGACAUACCUCGAUUUCUUAUCCGAGAGAGACAGUUAUUUGGCGGCUCUGGGCGAUUGA